AUGAUAUCUGAGAAUGAGAGUACACGAGUUUUGUUGGUGAUUGUGUAGAAUCCUUAAUCAAUAAUACUGCCUCAUUCUUUGUUCUAUCGAUACUUUUCAAAUUAUGGGGAAGUUAAUAAGAUAUUGAUAUUCGAGAAAGGGAAGUUAUGGAAAUGUUUUAUAGAGAUGGCUACUUUAUAAUAGGCCAAGAUUUCACAGUAAUAAUUGAAUGGCUGUUAGUUGUACGAGUAAACAAUAAUGAAUGUUUACUAUUCGACAUUGCAGAGUGUCACAUUUCUGAACAACAAUUCAGGGGGUGUGGAUUAUAAGGCAAUGAAACAAAGAAACUCAACCAAGACUGUGAAUGUUUAUGAAUAAGACUAUUAUCCGAAGACAUACAGUCAACCUUUGAUAACUCAACAGGACACGAAAUUAAGCAUGGCGAGUUUUGGAAAUGAGAGAACAAUGGCCAGCUUAAAUGACAAAUAGGAUUUUCAGGAUUAUAAAAAUGAAUGGGAACCUUCAAAAAUAUAAACAUCGCUGGAAUUUAUAGAUGAUAUAGAUUCUCCUAGAAACAGAAAGUAUGCGUCCUUUAAAUCAAUAUAAUUUGAUGACAAUGAACAUGACCCCAUAGAUGAAGACAUAAUGCAUGCAUUUUCAUCUGAAAAGAACACUUACCUAAAUUCGUAUAUGUUUUCGAUACCAGAAGUAGAAGACAAGAUAAAGAAUCAAGAUAUUGACCCAUACACCUAUGUAUCACCUCAAUUCUUAAGAGAAAAUCAGCCUUCCAAAGUUGUCUAUUUGAGAGGGCUGAUGAGUCAGAAUAUUACACCAUUAAACAUAUUUAAUUUACUAUCAAAUUUCGGAAAUGUGUUAGUAAUUAUUCAUAUCAAGAGUAAAACAUCAGCAUUGGUGUAAUUUGAGAAAUUGCAACAUGCUUAAAAUGCACUUGAUCAUCUAAACAAUCAAGUGUUCUUUGGAUACAAAUUGAAGAUCUUUUAUUCCAAUUAUUAAGAAAUUCAGUUUCCUUUACCAUUCCAAUCCCCUUAAACUCAAGUAUUUAUGCCCAUUCCCCUCUCAAUUCAGAUUUAGUGA